AGCCAAAGAAAUCGAAGAGGCUGAAAGGAAAGCUAGGGAGGAUGCGGAAAGGCUAGAAUCGGAGGCAAAAGAAAAGGCCGAGAAGGAGGCGAUUGCGGCGGCGGAGUUGGCGGUACGAGAAACAGCUCAGAGGGAGGCCGAUGCAAAAUUGGCGGCUCAAGAAAAGGCCCGACAAGAGGCUAUCGACAAUGCGGAGAAGGCCGCUGCGGACCUGUAUGCGGAUGAGGAAGAAAUGGCGCGGCAGAAAGUCGAAGAGCAAGAACAGCAAGAUGCUGAAUGUAAAGAGACUACCACAGCAGAUUCUUCCGACAACGCCGAAGAACAAGAGCAAGAAAAGACUGAGCAGGCGCCAACGAGUCCAAACGAGAAAGCGUUCGGCAGUGAAGCUGUACCAAAGAGAGACUCUAGUGUCAGUCCUAAGGAGGAGGAGAAGGUUGUGGCACAUGAGGAGGAACGGGAAACGAAGGAGCGUGAAGCGGCGGAAAAUGAUCGUGAGUCUAAAGCUGAGGCUGAAAGGUUACGAAUUGCUGAGACGGAGCAUGAAGCGGAAGCGGAAAGUGAGAUGAUACACAAAGCGGCGGAAAAGGACCGCGAGGUGAGGGAACAACAAGAGGCUGAUGAGAAAGAGAGGGCCGAGCGUGACGCUGAAGAAGCCGAGGUGAGGGAGCGUGAAAAAGAAAUUAAAAGGGCAGCGGAGGAGGAAGCGCUGGAGCGAGAGGCUGAGGAGAAGAGGUUGGCGCAGGCCGAGAAAGACAAGCGUAAGAGAAAACAAAAGGAGCGUGAGGAGGAAGAAAGGGCUGAGAAGGCGAAGAAAGAGCGCGAAAGGAAGGAGCGUGAGGAGGCGAAGAAAGAGCGCGAGGACAAAGAAAGGGCCGAAAAGUCGAAGAGGGAAGACAGGGAGAAGGCCAAGGCGGCGGCCUCUACUAGUAAGACCGGCGGGGUCAAGGCCGGAGCGCACGAGACCACUAACCAGCUGCUCUAUGUGGAAGUCACUGUGUUACCAACGAUGAUGAAGCACAAGAAUGCCUGGCCCUUUGCAGAGCCCGUUGAUUAUAAGGGUCUAGGUCUCUCUGACUACCCCACUAUAGUCAAGAAUCCCAUGGAUCUGGGUACGAUCCGCAAACGUCUUAUAUCGAAGUCGUACACGUGUGUACAGGAGUGUAUAGCCGAUAUCAAACAGGUGUUCAUAAACUGCCGGCUCUACAAUCCCCCGGGUACUGAUGUAUUUGUAAUGUGUGGUCAGGUAGAGAAGAUAUUUAAUCAGAAAAUCGUUAAAAUGCCCCCUCGAGAGACUGUUUUGUCGCGGGAGGACGAGGCAUUGAUGCGGAAUCCGAGUCACAAAGGACCGGCCAAAAGUAAAGUAGGGCAGAAACGACCGGCAAAGUUUAGUGCUGGUGGACCCGCCAAAAAGGUGCCCACCCCAUACAGGCCACCGAAUGUGCAGAUGAAGUUUUGUUCUCAGCUGCUAGAUGAAAUGUUAUCAGCGAAGCAUAUCAAAUACGCAUGGAUAUUCUACACUCCAGUGGACCCGGUGGCACUAUCCUUACCAGACUAUUUUGACAAAAUUAAGGUCCCUAUGGAUUUGAGUCUCGUUAAGAGAAAUUUAUAUAGCGGCGAAUACGAAACUCCUGACGAAUUCGCCAAGGAUGUGCGGCUCAUGUUUAACAAUUGUUAUACCUACAAUGAUGCCAACAGCGAGGUUUUUCUUUAUGGCCAAAAACUAAACGAGGUAUUCGAGGCCCGAUACGCCUUCCUACCCAACAAAGGCGCCACCUCUUUUACUUACCCCACCUCAUCAACCGCCCCUAAGUCAACGAGUAAAAAAUCAAGCACUUCCGCAUCCGAUACCAAACAAAGCAAACCGUCUAGUCGAGCACCAUCACGCUCCGCCCAAAACACAGCAACCGCAUCCAGCGCACCCCCACCCAAAGCAGCCAAGACUGACCCCCCGGCCAAGAAGAGGAAACCUGCGGCGCCCGCUGCAAGUAGUAGUACUGCUGCCGCGUCACGUAAACGGCCUGCGCAGACACAGAGAGAACCAGCUAGUAGGAAGGCUGCGAAGCGAGAUAAGAGUGCGACACCGCCGCCGCCACAACAACCGGCUGAGACGCCUUUGGAGGAGCGCGAGCUGAGCUACGAGGAGAAGAAGCGAUUGAGCAAUUCAAUCAACCAGUUGCCACCGGAGAAGAUCCAAGGAAUACUGGAAAUAAUUGCGAGGGAUGUGUCUAUGCAGAAUUUCGGCGGCGAUGAAAUCGAGAUUGACAUCGACUCACUCAGUACUAUCACACUGCGCUGCCUCGACAAAUUCGUUACGGAUACGCUAGAGGCCGUAAAAGCUAAAGCACGGCAAACCCCCGUAGCAAACCCACAAGCACGAGCCCACCCAGAACAUCACACGAGCAGGCCACCCCCAAAAAAUAGUAAACCACAGGGUAAUAACUCAAGAAGUGCGUCCGCAGGUAGUGCAAAUAACGCUGACAAGGGUGGGCAAGCGCACAGGGCAGCACCAGUCCAUAACUCCAAUGCGAAUGCUAGGAAGAGGCCCGCCGCCAGUCAGCAGCAGCACAGGCAUAGACAAGGUGCGAGCAGCAGUUCGGAUUCUUCAUCAGAUAGUGGAUCGAGCUCGUCUGAUUCCGACUCCGACUUUGAGGGAUGAUCACGCAACAGUGUCUAUCCUCCCAGUCACAUCUUCAUACACAAUCAACGCAUAGAGGGUUGCAACUGGAACGCCCUGCACCACGCAGCAUACUUGGAUGAGACCAAUCCAUUGUAGCUAUGUCCGUCAGCCUCGAUAUCCUGGUAGAACACAUGGAAUUUUUCAUGCAUUAAUAGUAGCGAUGGCCAAUGGCGUUGUGAAUCAGCCAGGCUACUCAGCCUCGAUAUUGGUCACAUUGCGGCAAUCUAUUCGCAUAGCUUCCAUCCCCAUUAUCCACUUGGCAUUCAUGCGAAUAGCAAGGACAGCUUCAGGGGACUACAAUUGCACUGACAACCAACGCUUAGAGUAUCAAAUAGGCGUACACAUUCGUUGCAGGCACGAUGCUAUAUUGAGAACGGCCUUUCAAUCAGGUUUAUAGUUGUACGAAGUGCUAUAUGAUACCAGACGUACUUGACGUACGGAGUUAUCUCGAGAAAAUCCCAGCUUGGUAAAGACAAUUUCGACUACUCGCAAGACUUGCUUAUUCUUAAAAACAGUGUGCUGUUUUAAAUUGAUU